GAUAUGUGGCACUCCUGCCUUCCUUUCUGUAAGUGACAACGUUUGUCCUGGCACUUCACGCGCAAGUCAGGGGCGGCGUUCGUUCUGUGAAUGUCCUACCUGUUCCUCAAGGAGAGCUAUCAAUAACACGCACACACGGAUGAUGUCCUUCAACCAAACCACAUCACUCGACGUGGGUCUUGACGUCUGGAGCGAGGACGAGAUCUUCCUGGUGAGUUCCAUUGCGACUACGAUUUGUCUCAGCGUGAUUGCGAGCUUGUGUCUUGUCUUCUUCAUUUGCUCGUGGUAUAUGUCUAGCCUCAUGGAACCCAUGCAUAAUGGCCUCGUCCAUCGAGACAGCAUGGAGGACGACGCUCUCUACGUCGACAUCGUAACCGAAGAGGAAGUCGUGUACGACGACAUUGAGGCCGAGCCGCGGCCGCCUGUGCCCCCGCCGCGCCCCACCUCCGCGCGUUACUUCCCUCCGCAUCUCACGGUGCUCCUGUCGUGGCACCGGCGAGGGUUCGUGACCACUGACCCUAGCAGCAUGCCAAGGGCUGACGCCGAAACCUGGCUGUGGGACGGCCGGCCCUGAGCAUCUCUUCAGGAGUCGAUAUUUGGAGGAGUCUUGCCUUGCCACAACGUUCUAAUAAAUCACCUUGUGUGCU